AUUGCCCACCCCUAGAUAGCAGUAUGCACUGUAACUUGAUCUUUUGAGGUAGCUUAAAGGGUCAUGUGAUCUCAUGGGAUCCACGCCUGUAUGAGUUGUGAGUGAGGUUGUGAACACGGAGAUAGAUAGGUAUAUACAUACAUACACACAUACAUACAUACCUUUGGGAGGAUUACAGCAGCAUCAUUACAGUAAACUAUGAAUACACACAAGGAACAGAGGGACAUAAUAUAAAUUCAAAAAUCCAAUAUACAAAAAUCCAGCAAAAAAAUAUUUUGCACAUUAUUGCACUUUGUUUAAUGUUAUUGCACAUAGUCCGGUUUAUGUAUACAGCUCUGGAAAAAAAUAAGAGAGCACUUCAGUUUCUAAAUCAGUUUCUCUCAAACAAAUAUUGCCAUUUAGAGCUGAAAUGGUUGAAAUAACAAAAAAGAUGCAGAGCUUCAAGUCCUCAAAUAAUGCAAAGAAAACAAGUUCAUAUUCAUAAAGUUUUAAGAGUUCAGAAAUCAAUAUUUGGUGGAAUAAUCCUGGCUUUUAAUCACAGUUUUCAUGCUUCUUGGCAUGUUCUCCUCCACCAGUCUUACACACUGCUUUUGGAUAAUUUUAUAUCUUUACUCCUGGUGCAAAAAUUCAAGCAGUUCUGCUUGGUCUGAUGGCUGUGAUCAUUCAUCUUCCUCUUGAUUCCAGAGGUAUUCCAGAGGUAUUUAGUAUCAUUCUGUUACAAUCUGGUGAAAAUCUUUAUUAGGAGAGAUUUAUCUUAUAAUAUCAUAUCGUAAGUAAUAAUAUUGGCAAAUUUAUUUAAUAUUCUUUUUUUUUUUUGCAGUAGUGUACUCUUUAAAUAUAUAUUUUUAAUAACAUUGUGAUAUUAUUUUAGGGCUGUAUUGCCCAUCCCUAGAUAGCAAGCAGUAUGUACAGUAACUUGAUCAUUGGAAGUAGCUUAAAGUAUUAUCUUAUGGGAUCCACGCCAUGAAUUAUUCUCUGGGUUAAAAUGGAGCCUGAAAGUGGGUGUCAGAUGGAUGAGGUCAUUCCAUUUCUGAAGUCGUGCAGAUAUUUACCUUUUCUUGAUCCACAGUGUGACGUUUAUAUUUAUAUGGGGAAUACUGUACAUCGUAGAAGACAUUACCACCCACAGUGGACAGCGCAUUAGUUCACAUUUAGCUGAGGAGGCCCCACAUGCAUAUUCCACAGGUCAGUAACACAUUCUUAAGCUUCCAGUAGGACAGUAUGAUACUUGUAUGAUACUAGUAUGAUAAUAGGUACUGUCCCAUGACCUUUUGCAUGGGAGUGUGUAAUCAUAAACCUGUACAAUAUUUGCUUUAGUAAAUGUACUCCUAUUGUUGUAUAACAAUACAAUAUAAAUUUAAAGGGUUGUUGGUUGUUUAAUAAGGACAGCAAAAUGCUCGACUGCAGUCCUCAGCCAGCAUAAAGUCAUUGCUAUAAUAAACUGUAGGGUUGUAUGCUGGAAGUAUUACCAAGGUUUUAAUGUAAAACAGUAAAUGGCACUAUAGAAGGCUGUGGUGAAGGUGCGGAUCAGUUUCUUUUGCUGAGACACACAAAGCGCCGCACUCUUAAGAUACAAACGCGCCUUAAAGGGAAUGUUAAGUCACACAUUUUCAGUGAUGGGAAUAAUGGCAUUGAAAUAAACGGUGUUACUAACGCUGUUACUUUUUUCAGUAACGAGUAAUCUAACUAAUUACUCUGACUGUCACUAUAACGCCGUUACCAUUUCCCACACCCCGUUACUGCACGUUACUUUAGCCGCUCAAUUAACUUUUUUUUUUUACUUUGCGCAUACAGACAAAGGCGCAAGUGUGCGUGUGUUUGUUGUGUGUGUGAGUCACAAGGGAGGGGAGGAUGAGAUAACCGCCUAAGCAAUGAUUGGAUAAGGUAUAGUAAGAUUACGUCUUCAAACUCACUAAGGUCCUUUGCUGUUGUGCACUCUAUUCGUCUGGCUUAUGAAACACGCUCUGAGAAGGUGAGGGUGUGGGUGUUACGGGGGCGAGUAACACAAAAGUAACGCAAUAGUUACUUUUACUGGUAACUAGUUACUUUUAUAGUGGAGUAACUCAGUUAGUAACUCAGUUACUUUUUUGGAGAAGUAACUAGUAGUGGAGCUAUGUAUUAUAGCUUAGUUUUGGGAGUUGAUCCACGCCCUCACUCCUCCCACUUCCUUCCCUAUUUAAACCGUCACUUCCUCUCUACCUGCUCGUUGAACAACCUCGCACCCACCUCCUCCCCAUCUACCUCCUUCUUUAAUUGUAUUAUUUUUCCUCAUGUUGCUCUUCUUGUGAGGGGGGGCUUCGGCUUCACGCUUUACAGCGAAGCUGUCCCGAACUCCACCCCAAAUACUCUGAGUUCGCCCCCCCUCUUUUUUUUUUUCUUCUCUGCCCAGUCAAGGGCGUGGGUCAAUACUAGCAAAACUAUGACUAAUUACUUUUUCAAAGUAACCUGCCCAACACUGCACAUUGAUUGGUUUAUUUCAUGUUACGCCCAAAACGCACCCAUGAUUAAUUAAGCGAAUUACUACAUGCCUUUUGCGUGCUUCGAGUAGAGCAAGGCGUAUUUUUUUUCGCCCUCAGGAAACCAAAGAUCCGCAAUUGAACAGUGCGCUAUAGAUGACUCAAAUAGUGGCCCAUAGUGUUCUACAGUGUAGUAUCAUGGAACAAUAGUAUGCUAGUACAGUCAUAUAACACAGAACUGCUUUAAUCUGCUUUAAUGCAAUGCACUGUAGUACUAUUUUAGAAGUAUAAAACUCAACUGCUCUGGUAUAAGUGAAGAGAACGUUUUGUUUUUUUUUUUGGAAGGGGAGGAGCAGUACAAAUACAAGCACAAGAAAUGAAGAGAGAGAGAGAGAGAGAGAGAGGGAUGCUUGUGAGUGUAUGACUUCUACAGAUACACAUUUACUCUCUGCUUCAUUCACUCAGAUAUUGUGAAGCUCUUUUGAAGAGGAUUGAGAACUCACUGAAUCAGUGACUGAAAGAGGAGAUUCAGCACCACAGAAGGACGGGAUGAUUCAGAGACUGUGGGACACGGCGACUCAGUGGAACAGAAUGCACUCGGGACGCCCCACGGAGGGGAGAGCACAGAGGAUCGUCAGAAAUGAAGCAUGACCACGCCAACCACGGUCCAGACGGAGCCAGUGAAGCUGCAGGAUCCAGGAGAGCUGAUGGGUAUUUAGAGGAGAGAGUCUCACUGAGGGGGAUUUAGAGCAGGACUGUCACUGUAGGAUACUCAGAGUCAGAGGAAGGACUUUUUUUGGAUUUAGGUUGAGGUGUUCACAGCAGCCUAACAGACUGGGGUAUUAAGUGUGGGGUAUUUACUGGUUUGGAUUAGACUGUGAUCUCCACAAAACAUCAGCUCUCAGCUCUCUGACUGCAAUUUGAGGUUGAUUUACCUCCGAAUAUUUAGAGGAGAGUGCAUGCCUCUGUGCUGGGAGGCAUUUAAUUGAGAAAGCACAUCUCUGUGGGCUAUUUAAAAGGAGAAGGUCUAUCUUGGUCCAAUAUGUAGAAGAGGGAGUCUAUCUCUAAAUUGUCUGUCACCUCUGUGGGGUAUUUAGAGGUGCGGAUCUAUCUCUGUGGGGUAUUUAGAGGAAAGAAUUGAUCUCUGUGGGGUAUUAAGAGGACACAAUCUAUCUUUUGCAUUUUGCAUUUGAGGUGAAGAUCUAUCUCUGCAUGUUAUAGCAUAAUUUAUCUCUGGGGGUAUUUAGAUUUGCAGAUCAAUUUGGGGUAUUUAGAGGUGAAGAUCUAUCUAUUUGGGGUAUUUAGAGGUAAGGAUCUAUCUCUCUGGGGUAUUUAGAUUUGAAGAUAUUUCUGUGUGGGGUAUUUAGAGGACAUAAUAUAUCUCAUUUGCAGUAUUUAGAGAUGAAAUCUAUCUCUGUGGGGUAUUAAGAGGCAAAGUUCUGUCUCUGUAGGGUAUUUAGAGGUGAGGAUCUAUCUCUUUGGGAUAUUUUCUUGUAAAUAUCUGUCUCUUUGGGGUAUUUACAUGUGAAGAUCUUUCUGUGUGGGGUAUUUAGAGGACAAAAUCUCAUCUCAUAUUUGCGUAUUUAGGGGUGAAAUCUAUCUCUGUGAGGUGCUUAGAUGACAGAACAUAUCCCUGUUGGGGUAUUUAAAGGACAAAAUCCUUCUCUGUAGGAUAUUUAGAUUUGCAGAACUAUCUCUGUAAGGUAUGUAGAGGUGAAGAUUAGUCUCUUUUGGGGUAUUUAGAGGACAGAAUCUUUCUCAGUGGUGUGUCUGGAGGAUUUAAGAGUCUGAGUCUGGGGUAGGGUAGAGCCCUGUGAGUCUCUGAGAGUAUUUGGAGUCUCCACACCUCUCAAGCACAUUCGCUUCUCCUGCCUGACCUGACCACUGAACCCUGACCUCUGAGUGACCUCUGCUGGGAACGCGCUACCCGGAGUCUGGCUGGACCAAACGUCACUAUAUCUUCAGGAUGUUCUGGAAACUGGUCUUACCCGCCAUUCUGGCAUGGACCAUCUGCGCAACCAUGGAACCCAAGAAGCCACGUCCACGAGGAUCCAUCCCCUCCCCAUAUAAGAUGAAGGGCAACGAGCUCUCCUCCUCACCUUCCAUCACGCUGUCGUCCCUGCCUCAGCAACCGCCGGCACGCAGACAGAAAGCAAAGCAGGAUGUGCUGUCGUCGAGUCGCGAGGCACUGGUGGUGACCGAGAGGAAGUACCUGAAGAGUGACUGGUGCAAGACGCAGCCGCUGCGGCAGACCAUCAGUCUGGAAGGCUGUCUGAGUCGGACCGUCGUCAACCGGUUCUGCUACGGCCAGUGUAAUUCCUUCUACAUCCCUCGGCACCUCACAUCCCGCUCCCGGUCUCGAGCCCACCGCAGCCAGAAACCGGUCAACCACGACGCCUCGUUCCAGUCCUGUGCCUUCUGUCGGCCGCACCGGAUCACCACGGUAACGGUGCGCCUGCACUGCCCCGGGCUGCAGCCGCCCUAUCGGCAACGGAAGGUGCAGAGAGUGAAGCAGUGCAGGUGCGUGUCGGUCAGCGUCAAUGAUGCUUACUGACCGUGGGUCGAGUGGUCCAGGGCAGAGAACACUGGAGUACCAUAGACAUAAAACCACACGUUUCUACACAACAUGAUCAAUAUGGUUGAAAUAACUUUUUAAAUUGUGACCCAGUACCAGAGGACAGCUGGGAGAAUGAGACCUGGGACAACUUGGGAAUGUGGCUGACAUUGGACGUCUGACUUCUUUUAAAAAAAGAGUGAAAGUUCUUUUAAAGCUUCGGCUGGAGGGCUGAACCGGUUGCCAUAGGGGCCAUCUAUGCAACUUGGCGGACUCCAAAUCUUGGGGCAGAUAUGGGCAAGGCACAGUACUAGCCCCAGUAUUUAACAUACACUCUAAUAGACAUGUAUAAUAAAUGACAACAUUUGAUGAAAAAAAUAGCAAUAAAGGUAUAUAUUAAAGAUGUUUAUGAUACAUAAGUAAACUUAAAAUAUACCUAUACAAAACAGGUAAAUAAAUGACUUUAUAUAAUAA